AUGUUAACGCUGACCAGGGCGAUGGACAGGCUGGCUGAGUUGGUUCCACCACCGCACACCCGAGGACCGUUAACCCUUCAGUCAUUCACUCAAGAUCUCUUGCCUCCACUAAUCUGCUAUUUUGUCACCGCAGUUCUUGUCGUCACCCCAAAAUCAUUUCCAGCACGCCUGGCACUGUUACCAAUAUCAUUAUGCUCCGCAUUUCGAGCGUCCACUCGUCUCGAUCUAGCCGCGGGGUACGGUGACGAAAGGCUGCUAUACCUAAAUCAAGGUUUACUUUUGGCGAUGACGAUUCUCGCAACACGCGUCGUCAUAUGGACUUUUCAAACGGAACCAUAUCGACGACUGAAGGCUCCUUGGAAUCCCGAUGCAAUAGACCCUAGUCGUUUAGAAGAUUCGUUAGGCCCCAAGCAAACCCUCCUUGAUGCUGGCGACCUCUUUUUCAACCUCAGAGGUCUCGGAUGGAACUGGUCUCAUGGCCUACAUAUACCCCCAGAAACACGACCGACGUCUUCACGGUCCGCUUUCUUGUCGGUUACAUUCCUAGAUUUUCUCUUUUGGAUGUUUCUUUGGGAUACUUUCCACUACUCAGUCCAGUGGUUUUCCCCUCUCACCAUUGGUUCCCCAAAGGGCGGAACUAUUUUUGACGCAGCAAUGCCUCCACUUCAACGCUAUCUGCGAUCAAGUGUUAUCACCCUCCUAUCGGGGGCAACAGUCUACUGCGCUAUUAGCACCGCAUAUCUAUUUUUCACUAUCUGUGGAGUACUCAUCUUCCGCCACGAUCCUUUACAGUGGCCUCCCGUCUUCCACGCCCCUUGGUUCGCCACCUCCCUCAACGAUUUCUGGUCUCGACGCUGGCACCAAAUAUUCCGAGACAGCUUCGUCUCCUUUGGUGGGAAACCUUUGUUCCUACUAUUUGGACGCGCCGGUGGGGUGCUUGGUGCGUUUCUGGUUUCCGGGAUUCUGCACGACUUUGGAACCUGGGGAAUGGGGAACGGAAGCGAUUUUCGUUGCAUCGCUGGUUUUUUCAUCAUCAAUGGCAUUGGUAUGAUCUUAGAACACACAUGGAAACGGAUUACUGGAAGUCCGGUGGGUGGCAAUUUUGGAAAGUUAUGGACCCUUCUGUGGCUAGUUGGAUGGGGUAACAUGUUGGCAGAUGCAUGGGCGAGGAAAGGCCUCGUCGGGAGCGUUUUCUUUCCUGAUAAUAUCCGGCCAACACAUAAUAUAUUCGGAUCGCUGUCGUAG